CCCUCUUCCCCUCUCUCUCUCUCUCUCUAAAACCAACCACCGGGAAAAAAAUGCAGCCUUGCAGCAGAGAAAUGGCCGCCGGCGGCCUCAACUCCCCAACAACUACACCACCCUCCCACCAAUUCCAACUCCACGACCUCCACCAGAUCCACGGCCACUUCGACCACCCUUCCUCCGCCGCCGCCGCCGACGACUUCCUCGACCAAUUCCUCUCCUCCGCCGCCUCCUCCCCCUGGUCCUCCUCCGCCGCCGCCGCCGACCUCAUCAAGUCCCCCUGGGCCGACCUCGCCGCCGACGACGACAAUGUCGCCGCCGGCAACGGGUUCUUCGACGACCCCUCCGCCGUCAGCCUCGCCGCCAAGCUCCGCCACCACCAGAUCAACGGCGGCAACAACACUAACGGUAAUCACAACAACAACAACAACAGCAAGAUGAUGCUUCAGCAGCAGCUCCUCAUGGCCGGCGACGGAGCUCCGGCUCCGCUGUUUAACGGGUUCGGGUCCGGAUCUAUCCAGUCCCCGCCCCAUUUCCACCAUCCCACUAUGCAACCCGGACAGAGCUUCGGCGCCGGCGGAGGAGGACCGACCGCCUCGCCGGGGAAAGCUCAGCCGCAGGCGAGUGGGUCGGCGGCGACGGCGUCGCAGGGGAAGCCCAGGGUCAGGGCCAGGAGAGGCCAAGCUACCGACCCACACAGUAUAGCUGAAAGGUUACGAAGGGAAAGAAUUGCAGAGAGAAUGAAGUCCCUGCAGGAGCUGGUUCCCAAUGCCAACAAGACGGACAAGGCUUCCAUGCUGGACGAGAUCAUCGACUAUGUCAAGUUCCUCCAGCUCCAAGUCAAGGUCCUCAGCAUGAGCCGCCUCGGCGGCGCCGGCGCCGUCGCUCCUCUCGUCACCACCGCCGCCACCGCCUCCGAGGGAGGAGGCGGCGGAGGGAGCAACAACGCCACCGCCGCAGCAAACGGCGGUUCGUCGGCGAACGAGAGCAGCAUGACGAUGACGGAGCACCAGGUGGCGAAGCUGAUGGAGGAAGACAUGGGCUCGGCGAUGCAGUACCUGCAAGGGAAAGGGCUCUGCCUCAUGCCGAUCUCCCUCGCCACCGCCAUCUCCACCGCCACGUGUCGUCCCGGCCAGCCGUCGUCUCCCAACAUGUCGGUACUCACCGGGGACGUCGCUGUCAAGGACUCCACGUCAGCUACCAAGCCGUGAUCCGUCACGGCGUCGUUUUACUUUUUGGCUCUGCUUUUUGGAAUUUGGAGGACUCUUUUUUAUCGGUAAAUAAAAAAAGGAGGAUCGGAAGAUGACAGACGGAGAAAGACGGGAGGUGGUGGAUGGACGGAACGGAUGGAUGGACGGAACGGGGUUUUCGGGUUUCUACAAACGGAACGUUGACGAAGUCUACGGAAAUAAGGGGUCGGAUUGACUAACGGAGAAUGGAGUGGUUUACACGACGUCGUAUUUGCGUAGACUUUGUUUUUAUAUUUGUUUAGUAUAGAGCUUUAGCUAACUACUUUUUAAUGUUAUUUUGUAUUUUGCUUUUUGCUCUAAUUCCCAACAAGACCACUACGGUUACCAAAAAGAGACAAGAUCCGACCAAAUCCCGAGGAGUAGAAGAAGGAAUUCUUUUGUUUUUAGGGGGGGAGGGGUUUACUAGAUGAUUAAUUAAUUAUCAUGUAUGUACUUAAAUUAAUUUAAUAGUAAGUUG